GAAAUACAAAAAAACAAAAAACAAAAACACAAAGUUCUAAUUUUCCUCUCUAGUUUUCAUUUUCAAUAAACCAAAGCAACCCAUCACAACAAAAACAGUUAUUUCCCUUUUUUUUCUUUCUUUUUUUCCUUGUAGAAGUUGAAGAACCAAUGCUCAGAAGGUGUUUGAUGAAUUGCCCCACUCAACUCUGCCCCCACUUCUUAGCUCCACCACUUCCCCCUCCACCGCCGUUCGCCGGACCUCCACCAACUUCGAUCACCCAUUAACAAGAACAACAAGAAGAAACCAGAAUCCAACUCAAACAUCAAACCAAACCUCUGUUUUGUAUUUUGUGUGUUUCUCUUUUAUACUCUUCCAUUUCCUUCUCUCUCUGGCCUACAAUAAUCCAAUUAUUUAUUUCCCAAAAGUUGUUGAAGUGAACCAAUCUUAGCCUAUUUCUUUUCCCUUUUCUUCUUUAUUUUUUUUUUUAAUUUUUUUUCUAAGAAAAAAGCUUUCGAUUCAACUUCAAUCCUAUCUAUUACAACUCUCUCUCUGUUUUUGACUCUGUUUAUUCCUCUGUUUUUGGGGUUUGUUUAUACCAAAAAAGGGGGUUUCUUAUGCUGGCCGGCGAUGCCGACGCCGGUGAGCGCUGCGAGGCAAUGCUUGACGGACGAGGCGGCCAGAGCUUUAGACGACGCCGUUUCUGUCGCCCGCCGUCGCUGCCACGCUCAAACUACUUCCCUUCACGCUGUCUCUGCUUUAUUAUCUUUACCUUCGUCCACCCUUCGUGAUGCCUGUUCACGCGCCCGCAGCUGCGCGUACCUUCCACGUCUUCAGUUCCGAGCACUCGACUUGUCCGUCGGCGUAUCUCUCGACCGUCUCCCUUCCUCUAAACCCACUGAAGAACCGCCGGUUUCUAAUUCUCUUAUGGCUGCCAUUAAACGAUCUCAAGCUAAUCAACGGCGGCACCCGGAAAGCUUCCAUCUCCAUCAGAUUCAUAAUCAGCAACAAACCCCUUCGAUUUUGAAGGUUGAGCUUAAGUAUUUUAUUUUAUCGAUUCUUGAUGAUCCGAUUGUGAGUAGGGUUUUUGGUGAAGCUGGGUUUCGAAGCUGCGAUAUUAAAUUAGCGAUAAUGCAUCCUCCUUUGACUCACCAUGCUUCUCGAUUCCCUCGUUCUGCUCGUUGCCCUCCCAUUUUCCUCUGCAAUCUCACCGAUUCCGAUCUUGGUCACCGGAAUUUCCCUUUCCCUUUCUCUGGUGGGUAUGGUAACGGCGACGACGAUGCAAAUACUAGACGAAUCGGUGAAAUUCUGGUGAGAAAAACAGGGAGAAAUCCAUUGUUGAUUGGUGUUUAUGCUGCUGAUGCUCUCCGGAGCUUCACGGAUUGUGUUCAGAGAUGCAAAACAGAGAGUCUUCCAAUGGAAAUUUCUGGAUUGAAAGUAAUUUGUAUAGAGAAGGAAAUAUCUGAGUUUGUGAGUGGAAAUGGGAGUAAAGAGACAAUGAGAUCGAAGUUUGAGGAAAUUUUUGGGAUGGUUCAGCAAUGUUCAGGGCCAGGUAUUGUUGUGAAUUAUGGAGAAUUGAGUGGUUUCUUCACUGAAGAAGAAGAAGAUGAAGAAGAAGAAGUUCAUAAUGGAAUGAGUUUUGUAGUAUCUCAACUCACUGAUUUGUUGAAGCUUUACAAUGGAAAAGUAUGGCUAAUUGGAGCUGUUGGAACUUAUAGAAUGCAUGAGAAGUUUCUUGCUAAGUUUUCUACCAUUGAAAAGGAUUGGGAUCUUCAUCUUCUUCCCAUAACUUCCAAGCCUAUGGUAGAUGUUUUUGGAGCCAAAUCUAGCUUCAUGGGAUCUUUUGUUCCAUUUGGUGGAUUUUUUCCUUCGCAAUCUAAUUUCCCAAGUCAGUUAAGCAGCCCGAAUCAAUCGUUUACUCGCUGUCAUCAAUGCACCGAUAAAUUCGAGCAAGAAGUUGCUGCUAUAUGGAAGCCAGGAUCUAGUACCGUCCUUGGUCAUCACUCCGAAAGUUCCUUACAUAUGCCACCGACUGAGCUUGAUGCUAAAUGCAAGGAAUUUGAUAUGUAUAAGACCAGAGACGAUAGAAGUGCAAUGAGUGAUAAGGUAAUUGGCUUACAAAAGAAGUGGAACGAUAUCUGUCGUCUUCAUCAAAGACAACUGUUUCCUAAACUUGACACUUCCCAUACCAUGCAUGGGGUGUCGUUUGAGUCGCCUCGAUUUGCUUUAGAUCAUGAAAGAAGUGGUGAAGAACCAUCAUCUGUAACUGGAGAUAGAUUUGUAAUUGGCCAUCCUUGCUUAUCUAGAGACUUGCAAAACAAUUUAAACACAAAGCAGGCCAGGCAGAUAUCGGAGAUUUCCGAUUCUCAUACCGAUAAUUUCCAAUCGAAUAUUGUAACUAGAGCAUCUCCAGGUGAAGCCGAGAGUCUUCGGAUUUUCUCGAACCCUGUUGUUCCAAAAGGGCAUCUUCACUCUGAUAAACCAUUACCCUCAUCCUUUAUCUCCGUCACCACUGAUUUGGGAUUGGGGACAUUGUAUGCAUCUGCCGGUGAGAACAAGAGAAAAAUUGUAGACUUAGAAAGUCAAAAAGUUUGCAUUCAACACUUAACUGGCUCGAAUAAAACCGAAUAUAGUAGGCCAAGCAACAAUAAUCCGGGCAAAUCCUCCGGUUUCUCUGAUCUGAGUGCUGGACAGGGGCUCGAUAUGAGAGAAUUUAAAUCACUCUGGAAUGCUCUGAAUGAAAAGGUUAGCUGGCAAGGUAGAGCCACAACUUCUAUUGUCGAAACCAUUCUUCGUUGUCGAACUGGUGGUGGAAGACGUCGUAGCUCGAAUUCCAGGGGAGAUAUUUGGCUAACGUUCCUUGGACCGGACAUGAUGGGAAAGCGGAAAAUUUCCUUUGCACUUGCUGAGUUGGUGUUUGGAAGCAGAGAGAAUCUAAUCUCAGUUGAUUUUGGCUCACAGGACAGGGAUCGGCGACCCAACUCGCUCUUCGACUGCCAAGGGUUAAAUGGUUACGACGAGAGGUUCCGAGGACAAACUGUUGUUGAUUAUAUUGCUGGGGAGUUGAGGAAGAAACCGUCCUCAGUUGUACUUUUAGAGAAUGUAGACAAGGCCGACGUUCGGGCUAAGAGUUGCUUGUCCCAGGCAAUUGCAACCGGUAAGUUUCUAGAUUCACAUGGGAGACAAUUUACGAUCAAUAAUACAAUCUUUUUGACGACGUUGACAAACAAGAUUAAGAAAACUUCAAAUCUAGAUAGUGAAGAACAGACCGAAUUUUCCGAGGAGAGAAUACUUGCAGCUAGAAAUUGUCAAAUGCAAAUAACAGUACAAGGUUUUACCUGUGAUGUAAGUAAAUGCAACAACACGAAUGUGAGGAUUACGUCUGCCCCUCGAGGAAGCUCAAACCUCCCAAUAUUCAAAAAGAGGAAACUGGACGACGAAUUCACCGAGCUGAAGAAGGCAUCAUCAUCAUCAAUGUCCUUCCUGGACUUAAAUCUCCCAGUAGAAGAAGUUGAAGAUGAAUCAAACGACGGUGAUUGUGAUAGCGACUCGGCAUCAGAAGGUUCAGAAGCGUGGGUAGAUGAAUUCCUCGAACAAGUAGACGAAAAGAUCAUGUUUAAACCAUACAAUUUUGACGAAGCAGCAGAAAAACUAGUGAAAGAAAUCAACUUGCAGUUCAGAAGGGUGUUUGGAAGUGAGGUCGUACUCGAGAUAGACUACAAAAUCGUAGUCCAAAUCCUUGCUGCAAAGUGGGUAUCAGAGAAGAAAAAUGCGAUGGAAGAAUGGUUGGAGUUGGUUCUUCAUAGAAGCUUUGUAGAAGCAGAACACAAAUACCAAAUGGGGUGUGGUUCUGUGAUAAAACUUGUGUGUAAAGAAGAUUGUGUAAUGGAAGAUCAAGCAGCUGGGAUUUUUCUUCCUGCUAAAAUCAAAUUGAAUUGAACUCAAAAGUUUUGGUUUUUUCUUUUUUUUCUCUUUUUUGUUGUAAUGUAAAUUAGUAUAUUUGUAUGAUGAUAGUAUUAGCAUUUUUCA